AUGGGGGAAGAACCGGGCCAUAUCCACAUUGGGAAUCUGCAUCCGAGGGUGUCCGUGGCCGAUCUUGAGCCCAAGCUGAUCAAGUAUGGCACCAUCACUAACCUCUGGGUCGCCAAAAACCCUCCAGGCUUCGCGUUCUGUGACUUCCAGAACAGGGCCAUGGCCGACGACUGCGUGCGCGGCAUGGACGGGCUGAAGUUGGAGAAUUUGGCCAUCACGGUGGAAAUUGCCCGCAGGCCCAAGGCGAGGGCCCAAGGAAGAGGCAGGGGCGGUGGCGCACGUUUUGGCGGUGGUGGUGGGUACGGCGGCGGUGGGUACGGGGGGGGUGGGUACGGUGGCGGCUACGGCGGGGGCUACGGCGGCGGCGGAUAUGGCGACCGCGCCAGAGACUCCGGAAGAGACAGCCGUGACAGCUACAAGAGGAGGAGCCGCAGCCGCGACAGCCGCUCGCGCUCCCCACGCCGGGACCGCGACCGCGGGGGGCGGGAAUACGGCCGGGACUCCCGCGACCACGGCCGCAGCCCGAAGAGCGGCAGAGGCGACAGCCGAGACCGCCGCAGCCGCAGCAGGGACCGCAGCCGCAGCCGGGACCGCCGCCGCUCGCGCUCCCCCCGUGAUGACAGGGGAAGUGCCCGCGGCGGCGGCGGCCGCUCCCCCUCCCCCAGGAGGUCGCGCGAGCGUGGCAGCCGCAACGGCAGCAGCGCCCGUGCUGGCCGUGGUGGCUCGCGGAGCAGGAGCAGGAGCGGGAGCCGAAGCAGGAGCCGCAGCAGGAGCCGGAGCGGUGGCCGCGGCGGCGGGCGCCGGAACCGGGGCGGAGAAGACGACAACGAGAACGGCGCCAGCAACGGCGGUUCUGGCGACGUAGCUGCGCGAGGCAAGAAGAGGAGCGGCUCCAAGGAGGAUAGGUCCCAGUCUCCGAAGCGGAGCAAGGGUAAAACCGCCGGUGCCGAGGGAGACGAGGCGGUGGACGGGGCGGAGGACAGCGAAGAGAACGGUGACGCCACGGGCGGCGAUGAGAAUGGCACGGCGGCCGAGGUUGAGAAUGGCAACGGGAACGCCGAUGGCGGCCACGGCGACGAAGAGGAGGGCGGCAGCGGCGGCGACGCGGAGGAGCAAGAGGAGGAGGAAGAAGACGCUGUGGACGAGGAAAACGGUGACGAUGAUGAACAAGCUGCGGACGCGGACGGGGGAGAGGAGAGCGACAACUAAUUAGUCAUGAACCAAAGAAGACGAUCUAGCGUGUGAAUCAAAUGCAUAGUAAAUAGUGGUGCCAGCUUGGCGACAGAUUCGAGAUUUCAGACGGCGGAGGGGUAGAAGCGGGCAUCUCUGAACACGGGCGGUUUGUGAGACGCAGGAUACUCUUUCCAGACUCUUGUCAGUGGCACGUGUCAGGUGUGGGGGGGGGGGGCUUGUGU